UACCCAAGUUUCGGCCAUCUUUUAAUGAGUUGAAUCCGCAGCUGUAUCAUAACACUGUAGUUUAGUGUAGAAGGACUAAGUUAUAUUGGUCGACAAGUUAGUGGAAGGGGAAGCUUAGAACGAUUUCUCUAUUUGAAAUGGUUACUUUGACUCGUCGAAUAAUAAAGGAAACCCAAAGACUGUUGGCAGAACCUGUUCCUGGAAUUAGUGCAACACCUGAUGAAAGUAAUGCUAGGUAUUUUCAUGUUGUCGUUGCUGGGCCAGAAGAGUCACCAUUUGAAGGAGGAGUUUUCAAGUUGGAGUUGUUUCUUCCUGAGGAGUACCCAAUGUCAGCUCCUAAAGUUCGAUUUAUGACAAAAAUCUACCAUCCCAACAUAGAUAAACUAGGAAGGAUCUGUUUAGAUAUACUGAAAGAUAAGUGGAGUCCAGCUUUACAAAUAAGAACUGUUCUACUAUCUAUUCAGGCAUUACUAAGUGCUCCAAACCCUGAUGAUCCCCUGGCUAAUGAUGUAGCUGAACAAUGGAAAGUUAAUGAAGCAGAAGCAAUUAGAACAGCUCGAGAGUGGACAAGACUGUAUGCUCAAGGCACCUAAGGACUUGAUCUCAAGUUAGGAAUACUAAAAUACAAUUGGAUACAAGUGUAGAUGAAGCCAUGCACAACAUUCACCUUAUAUUUAACUCUUGAUUUUUAAUAUCAGCAGCUCCUCUUUAGUUGCUUAGUGUUUUUGAAGGUUAAUACAGUAUGUAUGUGUGUCUCAAACACAGAAUAGUCAUCACAGUAUCAAAAUUCCUGGUAUUUUUUUCUAUUCUUGUUAACUGACUUGGGGUUUCUAAGAAAGCAAGGAAUUACAUAUGAAUGUUAAUUGUAAACUGGUGCAACUCUUGCUGUUUUGUUAAUAAUUCUUGUAUGGGAUAUAAUUUCACUCUUAAUAUUAAACAAAAUAGAACUACUUAAAUCUACCAAAUAUUCAUUAAAAAAAUAAUAGGCUCAAACUUUUCUUGUUGUUCAUUUAUAAAACAAAAGCAUGUAAAUUUGUUAUUAGCUCAUCAUCAUCACAGACGUUUUUUUUUUUUCAAAUCAUAUUUGUAUCCUGUAUAUUGUAGGAUUUCACUGAUUAAAUUUUUAAUGUCUAACUGUACUUUCUUUUUGUUAUUAUUGCUUCAACUAUAUUCCAUCCUAUAAUGGUCAAAAUAUUGUUAAUUAUAACAUAUUGCUAAAAGACUCAUUGAUACAUUUGUAAGUAAUUAUUAUCUUGGCAUUUCUAGUUUUUUUAAAAGAAAAAAAAGCAUUGCAUUUUGUCAGUAUGAGUGUAAAAAAAGUACUUCCUAUAUGACUGCAAUAAAUUUGUUGUAUGUAGUAGUCAUCAUGCAGUUAUUUUAAAAUGUUUUUGUUGUUAAUUUAUGUAGACAGUUUCACUUGUGAAUGGCACUCUCAAAUUACAUUAGGAAUGAAAAUAAAAUUUCCAGUAGAGCUAAAAACAAAUGUUAUAUCACAGCUUGUCAGAGCUACUAUCAUAAGUCAAAAUGUUUGUGAAAUUUGGUUGGAAUAAUGAGUAAUAUUUAUAAUGUUAAUAAGUUUCUAGUUAAGGUGAAGGCCUGUAAAUACUUGAUUGUUUAAUAGCCAAUACAUAUUACACGACUAUGUUCUGAAGUUCGGUAUGUGUGUAUUUUUCUAUGCUAGCAAUUGUACAGUUUAUAAUAUGGACUUUGUCAGAGUGAUGUCUUGACCUCAAGCACUUGUGAUUAUUAGUAUAACUUUUUCUGAAUACUUCUUUAAUAGCAAUGUAUUAACUAGUCUCAUUUUAUUUCCCUAUGUAUAUUAAAACUAAUGUGCAUUUUUCUGUAAAUAUUUUGAAACAGCCACAUUGACAAUUUCAUUUAUUUUAUGAGUGGAAUAUUAGUUAUAGCAUUUACUUCAUUCAGGAUAUUAAUUAUUAACUUGUUGGAAAAUUGGAACAACAUCAGUUAGAUGCAGCUAAAAGAGUUAUUUCCUUACAAGUUAGUCAACGUUAUGUUUGUAGCUAUUGUAUAGUAGAAUUGUUUUUUUAUAUUAUAAAUAAACAAAUUCAGCUCAUCCAUGACAAGUAUGUUGGCAUUAAAGGUAGCCAUACAAAUGUUGGAAGUUCUUGGAACAAUCACAUAUGACUUUUUUUCUUUAUUUAAACAUAGUAGUAAAGUAAGGAGGCUUGACUUUUUUACUUUUUUUUUUUUUUUUUUUUGUGGGGAUGGGGGGGAUAAUGAGCAGGAUAUACACAGACAUGAAGGAUAUGACCAAAGGAUUGUAGGUUGUUUAUUUUAAUGUCCAUAAUUUAUUAACAAAAUUUUACAGAAUAAUGUUUCAUUAUUGUUGAAUUCACCAUUAUAUAAAUUCAGUUUGUAUUGUUUGAAUAGUUCUCUGAAAUAUAUUUUUAUAUUCACUGUUAAAAUAUGGUCACUAGUAAUACAUUGAUGUAGCAAAUUGUACAUAAGGUAUGAUAUAAAACAUAUAUAUACAAAAUAAGUAUUAAAACCUGUGUAACUGAGGAAAAAGAAAGUUUCUUCACUACAGCAUUUUACUUAACUGUAUUUUACUUCAAAAUUAACACAGAAACUUUAAAUUGAGGUACACUUUGAUAUCCAAAACUUUAGCACUACAUAUCAAAGUUUAUUGUUGAAAUGAAUUGUAAUUUAUUUUUUACACUCAAUUUUCUGGCAUACAAAUGAAAAGACACUAUUAAAAGGGAUGGUAAUAACAAAUGGGAUUCAUUUAACAUGAAAAGUUUGUAGAAAUCUGUAUGGUUUACUUUAUUCUAUUUGAUUGUUUAACAAAGGUUUCAAAGCUUUCACUCUUUGCCCAUCUCAGGCAUAAUAAGUUUAUCACAGUUUGAGAUCCAGUGGUGUUGUUAGCUGAUUGUUCAACUUUGGUUUUAAGUUUCAUAUUAGAAGUGCUUCCUUUUUCCUUAAUCCCCAUUCAUCUGUUGCAGAGUAUUAUUUUGAAGUGUCCAUUGUUAGGCUUUUCACUAUAGUCUUUAUUUAGAUGGUUGUACAUACCAGAGUUGUUGGAAGGGUUCUUUUAUGCAUGCUCCUUGACUCUGGUAGCUAGGGUUUGUGUCAUUGACCCGACAUAGUCGUGCCUGCAGCAUGGAUAUGUGUAUUGAUACACCACCAGCAAUCUUUUUGAAGGAGGAAUUUUGUCUAUGAAGAGGAAAAAAUUACAGAAUUAUUUGUUUGGGUUGAAUAUCACUCUUAGGCUGACUUGGGGAUAAGUUGAUUGUGGAAUGUUCUUGAUUUCUCUUUUUAGUUUGAUGCCAUGAGAACCAGUGAAGGUUAACACCAAGGUGAUAGGACACUUGGGAUUGUUGAAGUCUGGAAUUUUAGGGUUGUAAACUUUAUUAAUAUAUGGAAAAAUACUUUUGCUGAUGAAUGCUAGAGGUAAGGCAAGUAUUUUUUGAUAUUCAUUACUUCAUCAUGAACAUUACAGUAAGAGCUGGUAAGCUUAUACAUUCUAUGAAUUAGAAUGUUUAUUAAAUUAAUUUUGUAACAAUCACUUAUGAAUGUGCUGAAAUGACAGUACAGACCAGAAAAUGUGGUAUUAUGUAGUUUCGAACCUGUUGUUCAGGUCGACGAUCUCUAGACCUAAAAGGGGCAAUUUAGAUUCUUUUUGAUCUUCAACUGUAAACUUGAUAUUCCUGUGUUUAGAAUCUUGAAACAUUUUGACGUGGCUCUGUUCUCUGGAUACAAUAAAAGUGUCAGCAAUGUAUCUCUUAUAAACUAAAGGUUUAAAUUCAGAUGGACAGUACUGUAACCAGUUAGUUUUGUGAUAAGAUAAAAAAUAUAUUAACUAAUAUGGGAGCAAGUGGUGAGCCCAUGGCCACACCAUCAACUUGAUCAUAUGUCUUAUUAUUUAACACAAAGUAAGAUUCUUUGAUUGUAAUUGCAAGUAGUUUAGUGAAUUAAUUUUUAGUUAAGUCAUUAAUUUUAGUGUCAUCAGGAAAUAAUAAAUCACUAGUUAAUUUGAUUACUUCAUCAAGUGGGAUGUUAGUAUUUAAAGACUCAGUAUCGAAAUUGGUGGUGUAUACAGAGCAAUUAAAGGAAUCUUUGACGGUAAAGUUAUUCUUGGUAAAUGGAAGUAACAUGACACCCCAAGCUUUAACCAUCCAAAAAAGUUAGUUGGGUAAAAGCAUUACCCACAUAAACCAGUGAAGAAAGUUGUUGAAGUAACAAAACUAUUAUUAGCAUGAUAUAUCUAAUGGAGAAAGCUUCUGAUGUAACAGCUUAGUAUCCUUUGCAAUGAGCACAUUAAAUGAAAAGAACUGUUUAAGUUGGGAAACUCUUAGUAUUUGAAUACUUAGUAAACAUGACAGUCAAACAUGUAUAAUAAAGGCAGUUAGUUAACUGUAAUAUUUUUAAUUUUGAAAAUAUAAUUCAUAAAUAAGUAUAAUUAGAUAGUAAUUUCACUAUUGCUUCUAUCAAUUUCAGCCUUUUUGUCAAAAAACUGGUAAGUUAACUUCAUUUUCAUGGCAAACUUUGCAAAAUGAGCGAUAUUAGUAAUAUAUAGUUUUCGUAAUGUAUUCCUUCCAAGUAAUGCAAUCUUCCUUGUCUGAUUAAGAAUUAAGAUGCAACAUUUGUAUUUCUAACAUUCUUAUUUUAACAUUAGGUAAACACCUUAAUACUAGGAAUAGUGCUAUUUUAAUGACAUGUUGUACACUUUCCAAAUGCAUACCUUGGGUAAUUUAGAUGUUUAUGAAAGAAAGAUAUGAGUGGUAAGUUAUUUUUCUUGCUGUUAUUUUGUUUGACAAUGUGUGGUUAUAUUAAAUAUUAUGACCUCAACCUUUUGUUUUUAUUAUGACAUGGCUCAGCUUUUAAACAUUAGUGUUGUUGCUUUAAAAUAAAAUCCAUAUUGCAGAAUUUAACAUUUUGACAAUGUUUUCCACUUGGUGACAUUUUUAUUGGUAUGUACUUAAGUAACUCGUUGUUUGUACAGUAUGUAUCGUAUUCAUAACUUGUCCCAUAAAACUGUUUUCUGUUAUUGAGAUUUUCCUGUAUCUUGUAGAAUUCUAAUAUUAUUUAUUCUGUAAGCUAAAAUUACAGUAGUUAUCACUUAAUGAAUAUAAUUAUUUAUAUGCAACAGUAUUUGAAUUAUUUAAUAAACCUUUCAAUACACAUUCAAAGUAAUUGUAUGUAAGGAAACUACAUAGCAGGGAUUAAUUUUUAUACUUUCCAUUAAUAUAUAUAUAUUUGUUAUUUUAAGUUUGUAAUUCUUAAUAAAACAUACUUAACAUUUCCCACUCAAAUUUACUUAACCCCAGAAAAGAUAUAAAGUAUCUUCGUUAAAGUUAUUUAGAAGUGUCAUUGAUUUAGAAAACUAUACUAUAAACAAAACUAACAUAGGCAAGGGUUUAGCAUUUGUGUGUUUCCCAAAUAAUGUUCUUAAAAGUAUUUUAUUCCAUAUACAAAUGGGAUAUUGUGGAUGUGAUAAUACUUAUUCAUUUUUUGUCCUCGAGAGAGUCGGUGGUAAAUUUAAGGACUUGCAAUGCUGAAAUCUAGGGUUUGAUUCCCUCAUCCCCACCCAGUGGUAGAGUGCAGAUAGCUUAUUGUGCAACUUUGCACUAAGAAACCAACAACCACUAGUUACUAUUUUCUUGGUCUAACAUUGCUAUAAUCACUGUCAUGGCUUUUUUACAUUACAAUUGGUACAAAAAGUUUUACUCGCGUGCAAUUAUCUUGUAGUUGUAAUCAGAAUUACAUAAAAUUUUCCAAAUGAAAUUAUGUUUCUAUAUAAAUAGAUUAAUAAAAUAUAUAAUCGUACCUUUCCAUUUUUCUCAGUAAAUUAUUCAGAAAAUGAGCACUGCCUUGGAAGCAGAAUAACCUUUGUUUAAUGACAACACCAAGAGAAACAGCAUCAAAAUUCUUUAAUCUUAGAAUAUCAUUUAUGUUUAAAUAAGGUAUAAAAAAAAA